AUGAUGAUUGCUUAGGGAAAUAUUGACAAUUUAUAUCCACAUAUCUCAAUGUUGUUUAUAAUAUUGAUUGUAAAAGUUCAAAAUAGUUAAAAAUUAAGGUUUAUAUAGUCAGCAAUAAAUAUGAUUUUUACGCUUUAUGUUCUUUAAUACGAUGUUUUUACUGAUCCAAUUUCAUAAAAUUACAAUGGUGGAAAUUAAGUGACUGCAAAUAUAUUAAAUAGUUUAAUGGGAGAAUUUCCAGAGGCAGCUAUUGGAACAAUUGUAACUUUGGGAAUAAGAUUUUAUUUUUUCUUUCGUUACGGAGAUUUUUAAAAUUUAGAUGUUAUGGUAGUAACCACAACUCUACAUGUAGUGUGGAUGUAUUACUUAUAUAACUUUAAUAAAGCAAAGAGAUCAUAGUUUAUUUUAACUUUGAUUGAUAAUAAAUGGGAAAAAAUAUUUUAAUAAAUAUUAAAUAAUAAUAGAUAAUUUGUCCUAUUGCAUUAUGAUGAAGAAGCUUUUAAAAUAAAAAAGGUUUUAUAAACUAUUUUACCAUCAACCACAACUUUUGAUACAUUUUAUUAAUAUAUACGUUCCGCAAAAUGCAAUAAUUAACCAAUUUAAGACUUUUUUUACUAAUAAAUUAAUAAAAAUAAAAUAAAUUAGCAAGAUGUUAUCAAUUAAUAAAUUCUUGUUAAGUACGAAAACAAAUUACUAAAUUUUAAUUUUUCACUCUUUUUCGGAAAUCAACCAAUAAUACUUUUAGUAAAGGAAGAUUUAGUUGGAAUCAACAAUGACAUAUUAUCUCAAUAAACAAUAAUUUUAAAAUUGCUUAAACACUUAGUCGAUAUUAUUGAAAGCAAUAAAUAAUACAAAAAAAAAAAAUUUUUUUAACUGUCUUAAUUCAUAAACAUAAAAUAUUUGCUUGGGAAAUUAAAUACAUCAAAUAAAUUAGUGAAAUAAAUAAAUUUAAAUGAAUACAUUAAUAAGAUAGCCUUAAAAUACUAGAGUUAUUUAAGUAUAUAAAAUUGUGUGAUGGAAAUCAAAAUUAAAACUUAAGUUGAUGUUUUUCAUCUAUUCUUAAUAAUAAUAUUUGGGAACACUAAUAGCAAGUGUAUCUAAGUUUCGUCCUACAGAGAUUUUGAGUNUUUAUAUCCACAUAUCUCAAUGUUGUUUAUAAUAUUGAUUGUAAAAGUUCAAAAUAGUUAAAAAUUAAGGUUUAUAUAGUCAGCAAUAAAUAUGAUUUUUACGCUUUAUGUUCUUUAAUACGAUGUUUUUACUGAUCCAAUUUCAUAAAAUUACAAUGGUGGAAAUUAAGUGACUGCAAAUAUAUUAAAUAGUUUAAUGGGAGAAUUUCCAGAGGCAGCUAUUGGAACAAUUGUAACUUUGGGAAUAAGAUUUUAUUUUUUCUUUCGUUACGGAGAUUUUUAAAAUUUAGAUGUUAUGGUAGUAACCACAACUCUACAUGUAGUGUGGAUGUAUUACUUAUAUAACUUUAAUAAAGCAAAGAGAUCAUAGUUUAUUUUAACUUUGAUUGAUAAUAAAUGGGAAAAAAUAUUUUAAUAAAUAUUAAAUAAUAAUAGAUAAUUUGUCCUAUUGCAUUAUGAUGAAGAAGCUUUUAAAAUAAAAAAGGUUUUAUAAACUAUUUUACCAUCAACCACAACUUUUGAUACAUUUUAUUAAUAUAUACGUUCCGCAAAAUGCAAUAAUUAACCAAUUUAAGACUUUUUUUACUAAUAAAUUAAUAAAAAUAAAAUAAAUUAGCAAGAUGUUAUCAAUUAAUAAAUUCUUGUUAAGUACGAAAACAAAUUACUAAAUUUUAAUUUUUCACUCUUUUUCGGAAAUCAACCAAUAAUACUUUUAGUAAAGGAAGAUUUAGUUGGAAUCAACAAUGACAUAUUAUCUCAAUAAACAAUAAUUUUAAAAUUGCUUAAACACUUAGUCGAUAUUAUUGAAAGCAAUAAAUAAUACAAAAAAAAAAAAUUUUUUUAACUGUCUUAAUUCAUAAACAUAAAAUAUUUGCUUGGGAAAUUAAAUACAUCAAAUAAAUUAGUGAAAUAAAUAAAUUUAAAUGAAUACAUUAAUAAGAUAGCCUUAAAAUACUAGAGUUAUUUAAGUAUAUAAAAUUGUGUGAUGGAAAUCAAAAUUAAAACUUAAGUUGAUGUUUUUCAUCUAUUCUUAAUAAUAAUAUUUGGGAACACUAAUAGCAAGUGUAUCUAAGUUUCGUCCUACAGAGAUUUUGAGUAUAAAACUCAUUUGGUUUUUGAUGGAUACUUUAAGCAGGAUACUAUUAUUUUGCUUUAUAAAAAAUUUGAAUUUUAUUUUACUCUCAUCAUUAGAAAAUUUUCUAUCAAAGACAAUUGUAAAAAUUCAUAUAAUUCUAGGUAUAUUAACUGAGCUUAAUGAUGAGAUUUUAAUUCCAUUCUUUAAUAUCUUUUGA